AUGACGAGCAUUGUAUCUAACCCAGCUGUCACUGGUCAAGUCCCCUUUGCCAAGCCAAACGGUGCUGUCCUCCCAGUUAACAAUGGCGUCCCUGUCAACAAUGCCAACAGCGGUGUUAUCAACAAUAACAACAUUCCCUUCCUCACCGGCCUCAGUGGAAGCACACCUAAUGUCAUCCAAACCAAUGGUAACGACAUCGUCAAGGGAGGUUUCCUAAAUGGUCCUCAGCUCCCUUCAGGGAAUGUGCUCCAGAAGCUCAUGUUUGGGACAAUGACUGUUUUUGACGAAGAAUUGACUGAAGGGCAUGAGCUAGGGUCCAGUUUGGUUGAUAAGGUGCAAGGGUUUUAUGUGGCUAGUUUGGAAGAUGGGAGCAGCCAGGUCAUGGCCUUCACCACCAUGUUUGAGAGUGGCCGCUAUGGUGAUAGGCUCAGCUUCUUUGGUGUGCAUCGAAUUGCUGUCUCGGAAUCCCAUCUUGCAAUCAUGGGAGGUACUGGAAAGUAUGUCAAUGCUAAGGGAUAUGAAAUUGUGAAGAUGUUCCCAGCUGCCAACCAGCAAAACAAUGAUGGAGUGGAGACUCUGCUCCAAAUCACUGUGUAUCUCACUUAUUAG